AUGGAGACGAAUGGGCCCAUUCCAAAUCACAAGUCGAUCAACCUUAUUCUGAAGCGCGCUGCCGAAAUGCGGGAGCGCAAGCUUCAGACGAAGCAGCAUCGUAAAGUGUGGUAUCCCGUACUUUUGAUAUGGAAAGUCCUUUAUUUUUUGAAUCGAUUUACAUACUUCCGGAUUUUUGUCACUGAACUGAUUGGGACGUUUCUUCUCAACUUUGUUGGUGAUGCCAUAUACAUGAACUUCUUUGGGAAUAAGACUGAUAUCACUUUAGACCAAAAGUUACUUUGGUUAAUAGCAAAUACAUUAGCAGUGACUAUGGUGUUAUAUGUCGAGUUAUUAAUCUUUGCAGAGUACUAUUCACCUUCAUUCAACCCGACUAUAUCAUUCAUUUACUUAGUACUUGGCAUCAUCAAUUUCUUCGAAUUUGUGUGGAGUGUUAUAGUACAAUUGACUGCCGCUUUUCUUCAAGUAAUGUUUAUCUAUUAUUUGUAUCACGUAGAUAAUUUCUUAGAGAUCCCAAGCAACACGUGUAGCUUCCGAAAUUUGGUCUCCGAAGGUCUUGGGACAUUCUUUUUAAAUUUGACAGUCAUGAUUUGUAUCCACAAGACUAUAAAACCUUCCGAACCAGUCGCUGCUAUCGUGGGCGGUUUAAUUCUAACACUUCCAUCAGGAAUGGUCGCUAACCCUAGUAUAACCUUUGGUCGAAUGUUUAUGUCAAAUGCACUUGGACUCUCUCCAUGGUCUGUACUCUUUUAUAUCAUCGCCCAAUUUGUGGGGACUAUUCUCGCUAUUAUUGUGAGUGGAUUUGUUAUGUUCCCUUGUAUGUUCGACCCUUACAGGCACAGAAGAAUUAAUAAACUCAAAAACGCAAACAGGACGGAAGAAAGUGAAAGUGAAGAGACAGAAAGUGACGAGGCGAUACAAGUAUACGAUGAACACUGA